GAGUCGGGGAGCGAUGGUGGUCGGAGCGGAGCGUCCGGAGAGGGUUCGGUGUUUCUGGACUCUGAGCCGGAGCGGAUGAGAUGCCCGGGACCAUGACGAGCAAAGCGGACGGGCCGGGGCGGAGCGCGUGCUUCACGUUCACCAUCGACAGCAUCCUGAGCCUGAGGCAGCGGGACGGCGGAGACUCGGACGGGUCGAAGAGUGAUUUCCAAGCGGGAUACGAGGAGCCGUGGGACGUCCGGAGGGAGCGAGGCAGCCGGUGUGAGGCGACAGCCGGAGCGUCCUCCCCCGCGGGGCGAAGCCCGGGCUCGGAGGAGGAGGAGGCGGCGGCCACCCGGGAGCCCAAAGCCCCCGGGAAGAAGAAGACCCGCACCAUCUUCUCCAAGCGGCAGAUCUUCCAGCUGGAGUCCACCUUCGACAUGAAGCGCUACCUGAGCAGCUCGGAGAGAGCCUGCCUCGCCAGCUCCCUGCAGCUCACCGAGACCCAGGUGAAGAUCUGGUUCCAGAACCGCCGCAACAAGCUGAAGCGGCAGCUGGCCACGGACCUGGUGGCCGCGGAGCAGCUGUCCGAGGCGGGCAAGCCCGGCCAGCUGGCGGGCUUCUACAAGGACCGCGGCGGGCUGCUGGGGGGCUGCGUGCUGCCUGUCCCGGUCCUCUACCCCCCCUCGAACUCUGCUCCUUACCUCUACUUCAGCUCCAAAUACUUCACCCUGUUCGACACGGACUGAGGACCACCUCACCUUUUCAUUUUGAUUUUGUACUAUACUUUAAAAACUUUGUCAAAUAUUAGUCUGGAUGCAUGUGUCACUUUUCUGUUCCCCUCCAAAUUAUUAUCAGGCCCAAGUGGUGCC